AAACCGUUGAAACAUUUUUUUAUGCACUUCCAUAGUUCCAUUAUUUUCAGAAAAUAAUAACCAAGAGUUAACUGCUAUGGAGGUUGAGUUGGGUCUCAAGAUCACAAGAACAAAAGAUGACAGCACUACCAUUUCAGAUUUUCAGUUUGCCAAAGAUAAAGCAGGUCCUGUUUUCUUCUCUAAAGAAACCGAUUCAAUUUUCACCCUCACAGCACAUCUCAAAGGUUAUAAGAAAGAGAACAUUGACAUCAGUAUUAACAAAGACGGUACAAAGAUUUCAGUGAGUGGUGAAAAGGAGGUGCAAGAAAUGCAAAUGAUACCAUUCAAGAAAGAGGUGAAAAUAAAAGGGUUUAGAAAGAAGUUUGAGAUCCCUAAUGGAGUUAUUUUGGAUAAGAUCAAGGCUAAGUAUAACGAAGAUGAGGGACUGUUGACAAUAGUGAUGCCGAAAAUUGCAAAAGGUGUAUCAUGUGGGGUGGGAAUAGAAGAAGUAAAGGAAGACGAGGGUGCAAAUAGCAUUGUAUCAGAACCAGAACCGGAGCAAAUUGUAGCAGAAGAAGAAAAGGUUUUAGAGCAUAAGAGUGAAGAGGAAAAUGCUCCAGUGAAGAAGAGACGUUCUAAAAAACCAUGGCAACCUUGUCCUCCUUUGGUUUUUGGAGGAUCAACUUUGCUUGCAUCUAUUAUCUUUCUUGUAUGGCACUAUAUAAGAGUGAGAAAGAGUUGAU